CCCACGCACUUGUUGUACUCCGUCGUUUCCCUACAGCCUCAGGCUAUAGCAGGAAGACAUCCUUAUAACCUGCCGAGAUCGCAACUGACGGCGACGGGCUUUCGUUUUUCAUAGACAGAACCAAGUUUCAUCCAACUGAUCUUUUGUUUUCGCCUGCUGGCAGGUCAUACUUGACGACCAACACGCGCAACAAAUCAUCGACUGCUUGCUAAAAUAUCUGUUACUUCGAAAAUUCAAUGAGCAAGGUUUCCACUUCAUCUGGAAAGACUCCGACGCCGCUCCCGACGCAGUCAGCUUGGGCAAAGGGCCCGCCGCAGAGCAGUUCAUCUUCAGCUCCUUCCCCGCGAUCGCAGUCUCCCGCUCCCACCCAUGUUGCAUCUCCAAUAGCUACUUCUCACUCGAGACGUCCAAGUGCGUUAGGCCAGGGCGUGUCCGUAAAAGAUGGCGUCUCAGUCCCUCGAAAUAAUGUGGGAUCAGUAGUACGACCAGCAUCCGUUGUUUUUGGAUCAAUAGAUGAUGCCUCGGCCCCGUUAUCUUCAUCACCGGCCGCCAUUCCCGCCGUAAAAACCGAAGUCGUAAAGUCUUUCGGAUCCGUACCUGCUACGUCUUCCAACCAUGUAAAUGGCAAAACUUCAGCUUCCGCAUCGGCCACAGGGUCGUCGAAGCAACCUUCAAGACCCUCCCUAUCAUCAACUCCCUCCAACUCGAGUACUCCUUCCUCAACAGCCGCAACGUCAACCGCAUCAACGCCCAAACCAUCCAAAGCAGAUAUUGCGAAGCUCUUCCAGACUCCCUCGUCAUCUUCUUCCCAGCCGUCUUCCGACACAUCCUCUCCUUCCAUCCGGCCCUCUAAUUUGCCCUCACAUCACCAACCAUCGUCAUCUUCGUCACAACAGCCCCAGCAACCUUCGCAACUCGGCACACAUUCAUAUUCGCAGUACGUGCCCAACAUGCGCCAACCGCAGCAGCCUGCUGGCACCCCACGUUCCCCUGCAUUCCCUCGUGCAGUGCCAAGCGUUCAAAGCCAGUCUCGACAGGGAGCUGGGCCAGGGGGUCCAGGUGGCCAGCCUAUGCCUGCCAGUCCCCGAAUGGUUCCGCACCAACAUCAAGGCCCCCCUGGAGGUGUAACACAGCAGAUGCCCAUGCAGCCCAUGCCAUGGGCCCCAUACUAUGUUAGUAUUCCGUUUCAUAUAUCUAUAAGUCAACCAUAUUCUCAACGUGAUGCUAGUCGUAUGGUCAACAACCACCUUCUUGGACAUAUUAUGCUAUGCCCCCCCAACAUAUGCACCAACAACCUCAUCAGCAACAUGUCCCUCAUGCCGCUCCUCCCCAUCAACCUGGACCCCUUCCCAUGUCACCUCGUCCCGCAGCCCCCCAAUUACCUGGCACACCCACCAUGGCACACGCUGCACCGCAUCCCCCUCAUACGCCUCAACCGCCUCCCUCCAUAUCCUCCCCACCG